CUUCCCUCUCCGUGGCUCGUCUCUCGGCUCCAAGUCUCUGUGGCUCUAGGCCGUCCCUGUCCUUUCGCGUGGUAGGCUUCCUCGAGGCAAGGACUUGUGACUCCUCAAACCAAACCGUCAUCGGAGAACGUCCAUACUCAAACUUGUGGACAAAUGUAUAGGAUCAAGAAUUCACAUUGUGAUGAAGAGUGAUAAGGAAAUUGUUGGUACACUUCUAGGGUUUGAUGACUUUGUCAAUAUGGUACUGGAAGAUGUUACUGAGUUUGAAAUCACACCAGAAGGAAGAAGGAUUACUAAAUUAGAUCAGAUUUUGCUAAAUGGAAAUAAUAUAACAAUGCUGGUUCCUGGAGGAGAAGGACCUGAAGUAUGAAUGGGAUUCCUUGACUUAUGCUAGAUUCUGUUUUGUCUUAUAAUGGCAACAAAAUAGAAUUUUUUUUUUUUUUUUUUUUUACCGUUUAAUGUUGUAGAUCUUGUAAAACUAAGUUUCCCGUUAAAGGGAAAUGCUUUGAAGAUGUAUGCCCAUUUUUCUAAGUUAAUCAUGAUUAUAUUGGAAAAAGAAGAAAAGAGUUUCUUCUUUGAAGAUUAAAAUA